AAAUUUAAAAAGAAAAAAAAAAUCUAAUUAAUGAAGGCAAAAUAUCAACCUUAUAUAAAAGGGGCAUAAUUAGACAUAUAAACCAGUGUCUCUCUUCCAAACUCACCAAAACAAAGCUCAUCUAUAUAUUCUAGAAAUGUUAAAGAAUCAAUUAUCAAGUGCGGCAGAGAGUGGAGUAGUAGAGUUGGAUCAUCAUAAUAAUAAUCAAGAUCAUCAGAUCAUGAAGAAGAAAAUGAUGAUUAUGAUGAUGAAGAGGCGAGUAGCGAUUGGUGAUUAUGAUGAUGAUGAUAUUGAAGAUGAAGAUGAAGUGAGGAAGAUGAAGAACAAUUACAACUUCUGCAAGAGGCGCGUGAGAGAGCCCUGUAGAUCUUUUGGAAGAAGGUGUAGUUUGUUGGUGAAGGAGCAAAGAGCCAGGUUCUACAUCCUCAGACGUUGUAUCACUAUGCUCUUGUGUUGGCAUGAAUAGUCUAAUUAAUUAAUUAAUUAUAAUUUUCUUUUUCUUUUUAAUUAAUUAAAAUUCAAAGAUAUGGUGGGUUUUUGUGUAUAAAUUAAUGAUUUAGAUAUUAGUAUGCCCAACACUGUAGAGUAGAGAGAGAACUGGUUUUUUGGAAAUUAAUAUAUUUUCUUUCUUCCAAUCGAAAUAAGAAAGGAUCAUUAGUUGUGUAGAAUGUAGCUAGUUAAUUGUUCAUGUUAAUAAUAAUAAAAAAAAUUAAUUGUUAUAAA